CAGCCUGAAGAUGGUAUCAACAUUGGUGGCUUCUCCUGUUACAGACACUGUAACCCCACAAUGCUCCAGGUAUAAAUAUGUUCUCUGUCAGAACUUUGACACAUUUAGAGCUUCAUUCCGAACCCUGAGCAUCGGCUGGAAGACAAAGAACAAUAUGCGUGAGUGCAUUUCCGUACAUGUUGGCCAAGCUGGAGCACAGAUUGGAAAUGCAUGCUGGGAGCUUUACUGUCUGGAGCACGGUAUCCAGCCAGAUGGACAGAUGCCCAGUGACCGGUCAAUUGGAGGAGGAGAUGACUCCUUCAACACUUUCUUCAGUGAAACAGCUUCAGGGAAACAUGUUCCACGUGCCAUCUUUGUUGAUCUGGAGCCUACUGUUAUUGAUGAAGUGCGAACAGGCACCUACCGCCAGCUCUUUCACCCAGAACAACUCAUUACUGGGAAAGAGGAUGCUGCCAAUAACUAUGCCAGAGGACACUACACCAUUGGCAAGGAGAUUAUUGAUUCAGUUCUGGAUCGUAUCCGCAAACUGUCUGACCAGUGCACUGGCCUCCAAGGUUUCCUGGUGUUCCACAGUUUUGGUGGAGGCACUGGCUCUGGCUUCACCUCUCUGCUGAUGGAGCGUCUCUCUGUUGACUACGGCAAGAAGUCCAAGCUUGAGUUUGCCAUCUAUCCUGCUCCUCAAGUGUCCACAGCAGUGGUGGAGCCCUAUAACUCCAUCCUCACCACCCACACCACCCUGGAGCACUCCGAUUGUGCCUUUAUGGUGGACAAUGAAGCCAUCUACGACAUCUGCCGCAAAAACCUGGACAUCGAGCGUCCGACCUACACCAACCUCAACAGGCUCAUUGGGCAGAUUGUGUCCUCCAUCACAGCCUCACUGAGAUUCGAUGGAGCUCUAAAUGUUGAUCUCACCGAGUUCCAAACCAAUCUGGUGCCCUACCCGCGUAUUCACUUCCCUCUAGCCACAUACGCUCCAGUGAUUUCUGCUGAAAAGGCGUAUCAUGAGCAGCUCUCUGUGGCUGACAUAACCAAUGCCUGCUUUGAGCCGUCCAAUCAGAUGGUGAAGUGUGAUCCUCGUCACGGUAAAUACAUGGCUUGUUGUCUUCUGUAUCGUGGAGAUGUGGUGCCCAAAGAUGUCAACUCUGCCAUCGCUGCAGUGAAAACCAAACGCACCAUCCAGUUUGUUGACUGGUGCCCCACUGGGUUCAAAGUAGGUAUCAACUAUCAGCCUCCAACAGUGGUUCCUGGUGGAGAUCUGGCCAAAGUACAGAGAGCCGUGUGCAUGUUGAGCAACACCACAGCUAUUGCUGAGGCCUGGGCUCGUCUGGACCACAAGUUUGACCUGAUGUACGCCAAGAGAGCCUUUGUGCACUGGUAUGUGGGCGAGGGAAUGGAAGAAGGAGAGUUUUCCGAGGCCAGAGAAGACAUGGCAGCUCUGGAGAAGGAUUAUGAAGAAGUCGGCACUGACAGCAUUGGAGAUGAUGAAGAUGGAGUUGAAUUUUAAACUUGCUUUUUUAAUGUCAGGGGGAUCUGGUAUUGUUUUUAUAUGCUAAAUUGCAGGGUUUUUUAAGGCUAUACUUUUCUUAGGUCAGGGGUGUCCUGCAUAGUUUAGCUCCAACUUCCUUCAACACACCUCCCUGGAAGUUUCUAGUACACCUAGAAAGAGCUUGAUUAGCUGGUUCAGGUAUGUUUAAUUGGGGUUGGAACUAAAAUAUGCAGGAUACUGGCCAUCUAGGACGGAGUUUGGACACCGCUGUUUUAGGUAUAUCUUUAUAUUGGGAUUCUUUUAGUUAAUACUAAAUAAUGCAACAGCUAAGAAAAAUCAAUGAACAAUAUUUUUGCAGCAUUUAUCACAUUCUAGAUAUACAAAUAUAUUUUAACAUUCCCAAUUGUAUAACUUACUUAAUACUUCAUAUAAUUUCAUUAACUUACUAUUUACUGACCCUCAAAUGGUUCCAAACCUUUAUGAUUUUUAUUCUGUUGAACGGGAAAGAAAAUAUUCUUAAGAAAACUGAAAACUUGUGAUCAUUGACAUCCUUUAUAGGACAAACAAAUACUGUGGAAGUCAGUGGUUACAGGUUUCCAACAUUUUUCAAAAUAUCUUCUUUUUGUGUUCAACAGAAGAAAGAAACUUAUAAAGGUUUGAAAAAAAUGUAAAGGUUAAGGAAAAGAUGAAAGACUUUUCAUUAUUGGGUGAACUACACCUUUAACAUCAACUCAGAUUAAUAAAUGCUGUAAAAAUGCAUGUCUGUUAGGACAUUUACCUGACGCAUACACAAAAGUUAUGUAUACUAAAACAAAUUAACACAAAAUGAUGUAAAAAAUCUAGUGACAAUCUCUAAUCUCUUUCUAAAAAUGUACGUUGCAAUAAAUGUCUGCACUUUCUUUACGGUACAGUUGGUUUAUCUGUCUAGAAUAUGUGAAUGUUUGCAUAAGCAAAAGUGAUAAAGGCCAGGCAGAACAGAACAUGGUGGAACCAUGACACCCUUCCCCCUACUGAUGUCUAUGCAUUCAGCACAAAAAUGACCACCUGCUGUAGCUGUUAUUCAUGAUUCAGCUGUUUGUGCAUGUCAAUAGCCAUCACUGCAUAUGAUUCGCUGGAUAUUGUGUGCUUUUCAUUAUCACUGAAGGGAAAAAUUAAAGUCUAAUA